GUUGUAGAACUGCUGUACUAGGGGCAACGCCUCCUACAACAAAAAAACAACAAUGGCCACUCUGCGGGAUCUGCAGGACAGUCUGCAGGCGCAGGAGCCUCCGGCAGUACGUCCCGAGGAGAUACAACAACAGCAAGAGGCACUGCAGGAGAUCAGGGCGGAGAUUGACCAGGCCACUCUGCGGGAUCUGCAGGACAGUCUGCAGGCGCAGGAGCCCCCGGCAGUACGUCCCGAGGAGAUACAACAACAGCAAGAGGCACUGCAGGAGAUCAGGGCGGAGAUUGACCAGGCCACUCUGCGGGAUCUGCAGGACAGUCUGCAGGCGCAGGAGCCUCCGGCAGUACGUCCCGAGGAGAUACAACAACAGCAAGAGGCGCUGCAGGAGAUCAGGGCGGAGAUUGACCAGGCCACUCUGCGGGAUCUGCAGGACAGUCUGCAGGCGCAGGAGCCUCCGGCAGUACGUCCCGAGGAGAUACAACAACAGCAAGAGGCACUGCAGGAGAUCAGGGCGGAGAUUGACCAGGCCACUCUGCGGGAUCUGCAGGACAGUCUGCAGGUGCAGGAGCCCCAGGCAGUACGUCCCGAGGAGAUACAACAACAGCAAGAGGCACUGCAGGAGAUCAGGGCGGAGAUUGACCAGAAAAUAUGCAGAAACUGUGGGGUGUUGGUGGAUACCAACUGGAGGCAAGGGGAAAAACUUUGCAACCCCUGUUACUGUUUCCCCAAGAAGUACGGGGAGAGCAGGCCCGCAAGAUUGUGGCAACAAAACUAAAGGGCGAUUCUCUGGCUGGGUCUCUGGGAAGUGGUCCUGCUUUGUUAUUUUCAAGAAUUGAUUAAAACUGGUUAAAAUAUUGUUUUUUAUAUAAAACAAUAAUAAAAUCUCCCUUAACCAGUCUUUAAAAUUAAA